AUGUCAACGACGAGGCUCAAUCGCGCAUUUUUAGGGAAACUGCGUGAGAUCUGUACACGGAACUGGACUCAAGCGCUCGACAGCCUGAGUCCACCUUGUACCCCUAAGCAUCAGCCAUUCAACAUUCUCUAUCGCGCACUCGAGACAACGAUAUUAGAAUACAAAAUGCCAGUCGGAGGUCGAGGUCGAGGUGGUGGUCGCGGUCGCCGUGGCCAAGCCGGAAGCAGUGCCUCCCGAGCUGACACCUCCACGCAAACGGUACCAAGGCUGAGCGGGGUGCAACGCCAGGAUCUCAUACGAGGCAGAGGGAGCCAUCGCGGUCGCGGUAGUCACGCCAGAGAGGACGUACAAGGCUCGGCCAUCGCGAGGGAACUUCCACCUCCGCGAGCGAUUAUGGAUGGUCUCGCUGACACCUUCAUGAAGACGCUCCAAAGGCCUGGUGAAGUGCGGGGACAAGACAUUAUGAUCGAACAAGACGUUGAGUAUCUCGGGUCGUAUAACUGGAUUGAUAGGACGAAGCCUACUAUCGUCGUUCCUGGAUCACCCCCUGUGUGGUUAGACACAAGGCUUCCGCUCAAAGCGCCCCUCGACAAAUUCACACUCAAAGGCGGAAUGAGGUUCAUCGAUCAGAACGGAUACAGAAUGCCGUCCUGCACACUGUAUCCCCUGUUGCGAUCGGUGAACAUCAUGACCGAGGAGAAGGGGAACCAUGUCGAUUGGGCGAAAGUAGACUUUAUAACGGACCGAAGCAAUUUGCGAAGACUCUUGCAUUGGAUCAGGGAUGACGGUAGCUCCGACAAGACGUUCAGGAUUGAUAUGCAAUCGGCCGGAAAUAGAACGGUGCUGCUCAACCGCUGGGACCCAUGUACCAUAGAAAAGAUGGACAAGGACCGUCGCAGCAACGGUGCGAGCGUGAACGCGCAUUGUACGAGGGGGGUUCCAGAAUGUAAAAACGCUACCGACCACUAUCGCAUCGUGAAAUACAAUUUUGACGGCCUGACCAUGGUAGUGCGCUUCGAAGUCGAUGCCUUUAUCCGACCUUCACCCUGGGAAGACACUCCAUCGCCGAUAUCUGAUGACUGGUCAUCCUCGGACAUCUCCUAUCAGUCGUCUACUGCUGAGCUAGAUAUAAUCCAUGGUGGUCUGAACGUGCCGCAGAGCUCCGUCUUGGAGGUGACCACGCGUCGGCGGACAUCCGUGCAUCCCUACAAUUGGGCUGAGGGGUAUCAAGAGCUCUACCUAUCACAGACACCCUAUCACCACCUCGCACUGCAUACCCUCGGAAUUGUCGAGACAAUCGGAAAGCGCGAAUUUUCCAAGCCGGAGAUCGUUCGCAUGGACCAGGCUCGUAAGUCAGAGGACGUCAUCAAACGUGGCAUGAACAACCACGAGACGUCAGUCGAAGCACAGGCGCAACGGGUUUUCAGGAAGCUGAGCGUCGCUUUACAGGAGAUUCAGAGGCUAGCUGUAGCGCACGGAAAGGAAGGCCGGCUGAGCUUGGUCUACGUUGAUGGGGAAUUGCGGGUAAUAUCGAGAAUGUCGAGGGAAAGCUGCCUACCGGAGGCUCUACUGAGGCGUUUUGAGGAAUGA